AUGAGUGUGGUAGGAUAUUCAUUGGGUGGACUGAUAGCUCGAUAUGCUAUCGGUUUACUCUAUGCAAAAGGAUACUUUGAGGAUAUUGAACCUGUCAACUUUACCACAUUUGCCUCACCACACGUCGGUGUGAGAAGCCCUGCAAGGACAAGCCAUUUCUGGAAUGUGCUGGGUGCUCGAUGUGUAUCGACUUCAGGCCGACAGUUAUUCAUGAUCGAUUCGUUCCGUGACACUGGAAAACCGCUUCUCAGUAUCCUUGCUACCCCGGGAAGCAUAUUUAUGCUUGCGCUUGCGAAAUUUAGACACCGAACCCUAUAUGCAAACGCCAUCAAUGAUUUGAGCGCAGUUUAUUACACAACCGCAAUAUCCAGGAUAGAUCCCUUUACACAAGUGGAUGAUCUCUCUAUAAGCUAUGUUGAUGGUUACGCGCCGAUAGUCAUUGACCCCGAUCAACCAAUACUCAUGAAGCCGAAAUCUCAAUCAUUACUUGGCCAGUCAACCUCCUCUGCCUACUCGAUGAUAACGGUAUUCUCAUUUCGACUGGCUGUAUUCACCGUCAUUGGAUUUGUUUCGGUAUUAUUCCUAAUAAAUGCAGCCUAUCAAACAAUUCGGAGCGAGAAACGCAUCCGCCUGCAUGAACAAGGUAAAUCCGGGGUAAUUUACAAUACCUAUAGGGUUCCACUGAUCAUGAAGGGAUUCCGGAAUGCCGUUGAGGACAUGUACGAAACCGCAAAUGCCGCACAGAAGCCAGAGUAUAUAUCAGGGUCGACUUCGGCUACCAACGAGAGACCCCAUGACAUGAAUGGCGAAACCCCAGCGCCUGCGCAGCCUCUACCUGCUGUAGCAACAGCAUAUACUGCAACAAAACCGCUUCAAAGCACCGAUAACAACACUGCCCACAAGUCUAGAGAAGCUACGUUUCCUACUCUUGCCUUGACUGCUGCUCAAUUCCAAAUUAUUGAUAAUCUCGAUGCUGUCGGGUUCCGCAAAUACCCGGUACACAUCCAUCAAGUUCGGCAUAGUCAUGCAGCCAUCAUUGUUAGGUCGCCUCGAGAAUCAUUUAAGGAAGGGAAGAUCAUUGUGAGACACUGGUUGGAGAAAGAAUUCUGCAUCUGA